UCGAACCAUAGCGUAAAAUCGUUUUAUCGUGUUCAGUAGUUGCUGCUGCUGGUUUAGUUUUGCGACAAAAGUGAAUUCGGGUUGUUUAAUGACGUGAAAACGCCGAAGAAAAGUUUAAAAGGACAUUGUAAUUAGUGCGUGGCGCGCUCAAACGCGACCGAACAUGCUUCUUUUGGCGAUUCUGUGCGUUCUUUCGCUCGGCAAUGGGUCGACCGUGGACGAUUUCGAUGUACCAAAAUUGGAUAUUAACACCGAAGAUGGUUACCACGGUUUGGUCAAGGAAAACGAGACGUUGGUCGAGGUGACGCCGGCAAUAAAGGUGAUCGGGGUCCCCGUUUGCAGUUUUCGAAUCGUUAAUAAGCACCACGGCGAAGCCCCCUUCGAAAUCGUUUCCAAAGAGAACGGUUUCGCGGAACUCCGCGCCAAGCGCGUUUUAAACUGCGAAAAGCGACGGAAUUACAAGUUCGACAUCGCCGCCGUUGGUUGCAACGAAAAACAAAGUCCCAGUGUUACUGUUCAUAUAACAGUUUCUGAUGUCAAUGAGUAUGCUCCAACAUUCUCUGAACCAAGCUAUGUGCGCUCAGUGGAUGAAGGCCGCAUUUAUAGGGAGAUCGUUCGCGUCGAGGCCACCGACCGCGAUUGCACCCCGAAAUUUGGAGACGUUUGUAAAUACGAAAUUUUAACUUCCGAUCAACCCUUCGUCAUCGAUAUGGAUGGAGUAAUCCGAAACACGGAACCCUUAGACUAUGAGAGAUCCCACAACCACAUUUUAUCAGUGGUAGCCUACGAUUGCGGAAUGAGACAAAGCUUACCAGUGAUGGUAACAAUCAAAGUGAACCGAGUAUGUAGAGUAGGUUGGCGCUCGCUUCCAGAAAGAGUGGAUUACGCCCCAAUGACCGGAAAACAAGAACUCUUCCCAUCGGCGAGCUUAGAAUUAUGCGAGGCGCAUUGCAACGUGCGCGAAUUAAGAACGCGAGUUGAUUUAGCAACUCGUCACAUUGGAAAAGGUUGCGAUAGAGACACCUACACCGUUGAAUCGCAACGUAAAUUAUGCGGUGCCUCCCCAUCCGCAAUCGAUUUACUCCCAUCCCCGGGUUUAGGGGCAGAAUGGACCAAACCGUUGAUAUCCGAUGAGGGGCACGAAUCGGACCAAAUGUUUGAAUUUGACGGAUCAAGCACGGCCGUAACAAUCCCAACUACAGUCUUAGACCACAACGUUCCCUCGACCUUCACAAUCGCGACGUGGAUGCGCCACUCAUACCACCCGAAUCAAGAUAAGCACGUGAAGGAACACAUUUUAUGUUCGGCUGAUGACCACAAAAUGAAUCGCCAUCACUACGCUCUCUUCGUGCGAAACUGCAGACUAAUUUUGUUGUUGAGACGCGAUUUCUCUGAGGGCGAUUUAAACAUUUUCCGUCCCGCUGAGUGGCGCUGGAAGCUACCUCAAGUUUGCGACGAUAAUUGGCAUCAUUACGCGGUAAACGUUAGAUUCCCUCAAGUUGAGUUGUUCGUUGAUGGGCAAGUUUUCCGGAGUGAAAAGAAAAAUCCUGAGGUGAUUGAUGAUUGGCCGUUACACCCAACUAAAGGAAUUAACACCACAUUAACCGUGGGGGCGUGUUGGCAAGGUUCAGAUAACAAAAUGAAACAUCAUCUUAAAGGGUAUUUAGCCGGGUUGAGUGUUUUGGUGGGGGAAAAUGAAAAACCACAGGUUUUGAGCUGUUUACAUCAAUGCAAGGAGAGUUUACAGGUACCUUCGAUGGAGCUUCUCCAACCCGGAAUGGAACUCCUAACCAACUCAGACCUAACCGAAGUAACUGUAGAAGGCGAUAACCGCACAAAUUUAGAGAUUUUGGUGCGCCAAAUUGGUUAUGCUAAUUCCCGCGAAUUUCCAACGCCCGGAAGAAGAAAUUUACGCUUAACAACUACAGUUUCCUGCGAUAACGGCCAAUCGAUUAAAAUCCCCGACGCCACCGCGUAUAUUAUGGUCCUUCGCCCUCAAACGCCGUCAAUCACGCUCAACGGAACCGGAAACCUCGCCAGGAAAUACGAAGAUUUCCGAAUGGGAGUUCGCGUUUUGGCGGACGUUCGAAUUUCCGGCGAACAAAAAUUGGAUAAAUGUGUACUCUCGAUUUAUCCGAAUUUGAAUCCGGAUCAUGAAUUUUUAUCAAUUCCCGAUGAAAUGUUGAAGAGGUUGGGAAUGUUGGCGAAAUUCUCGAAAGAUGGCGUCACCGUAACUGGGUCCGAUAUGUUUUAUAAUUACCAACAAGUUUUGAGACAAGUCGUUUAUACAAAUCACAAACCCGCUUAUUAUUUGAACAGGGUUUUCAAAUUGUCUUGUUCGGAACUUAACGGGAGGUUUACUUCGAAUGAAUAUGUUCAAACGUUGACUGUAAUCCAUCCACAACCUAAGGAACCAAUUGUCGCUCACGCACAAGUUAAUAAACACGUAGUCGAACCCGCAGCACCCGUUCAAAUCGAUCAUGUUCCUAGUGAACACCUCAACGCGUUGGCAACCGGAGGAUCUCACGCUGUAACCAUAAUCGUGGUCGUUUGUGUAGGAUUUUUGCUGUUUAUGAUCGUGUUAGGAGUGAUUAGAAUUCGAGCUGCUCACCAAAGGAAUAACGCGGAGGAGGCGCAGGAUUCAGAGAUGACUUGGGAUGACUCGGCUUUAACAAUCACUGUAAAUCCCAUGGAGAAUGCCGAAAGACGACUUGAAGGUAAUCAAUCCGGUGAUUUUUCUGAAAGCGAAUCCGACUCGGAUUCAUCAUCUGAAGAUGAAAUCGUGGAUGGUCCGUGUAGAUUACACGAUUCCUCAGACGAUGAUGAUGACACUCCGAGGGGCGGCGGAGUUGGCAGCGGGGUUGGCGCCGGUCGGGUUCGCAAUCAUGAGUAUCAAAACGUGUCGCAACUCGAGUGGGAUCACUCAACCAUGUAAACGCAAACAUUUUCGCGACACUUUAAGGUUAAAAAGUAUCCGAAAGAAAUUUGGGUGGGGUAAAAAGUUUUUUUUACAAUUUUAAUUCAAUUUUAAAGUUAAAAAAAGUUUAAAUAUUAAAAAAAUUAAAGUAGGUGCCAUUUAAUUUGAAACAUUUCUUUUACAAUCACUGUAAAUAUAAAUUAAUGAAAAUUUUUUGGGGGGGUUACGAUGAUGGAGAAAAAUUAAUUUUGUUUUAAUUAAGACAAAAAUUGUAGUAGUGAAGGCAACAAUAAUGUCGGGUUGUGACUUGGAAGAAAAAAGUUAAAAAAAAAUUAGUAGCGAAGAGAAAGAGUAACUUUAUCAAUAAUAAUUAAUUGAUUAAGCGUAAUCGUCCAUAUACAUAAACAUAUAAAUAAUAUAUAUAUUAUAUAAAGGUAAUUGUAAACGUGAAAAAGUAUAUUUACCUUAAAGAUUACAAAAAAUUAUUUACGAUUAAAUAUGUGUUGAUUACGGAGGCCCACCGCGUUUUUUAGAUGCAUAAUUAUUAAGUAAUUGAAAUAAUCUGUGUACAUUGACUGUGUACUUGUUAGUUAGGAAUUAAGGGAGUUGGUUUUUUAUAUUUUUUUGUUCCGGGGCAGCUUUUACCUUUUUCGGGCACCUACACUUUAUGAGCAUCUUGGUAUUAACGAUUACUUUGAUUAAUAAAUCAUAAUAAUCUUUAAUACCAAUCUUUACAAAGAAAUCGCGAGCUAAUUAACAAGAAUCAAACUGAAUUUAUGAAAUUAUCUUUUUUUAUGUAAAUAAAACGCAACUUAAACGUUUUUAAAAAGAAAUUAAACAAAAUGAGCAGCUUGCCUAUUUAAAUAACGGUUAAAUCUUUGAUUGUUGGGUUAUUUUUUAGACGUAACGAUAUCGACAAGGUUUUUUUAUGUACUUACUCUUUAUUUUAAGCAGUAUUUUUAUUUUUUGGUUUGUUUUUUAUGAGAGGAGGAAAAAAUAAGACGAAAAACGAGAAAGGAUAGUUUCUUUUGUGAACAUUCCAAAAUAAUUAAUGUUUUUGUUCUUUUUUUGGUGAAAACUAAGAGCGGAGCAAUGUUUUUCCUCGAUUAAUCCAUAACCCUAAAAUAAUGUUGUAUAUAAUUUUUUUUAAUUAAUUUCCCAAUUAGUAUUACGCAAGUUAUUGAUCUUAAAUUAAACCAUUGGGGUACUUAAGUUGUGAGAUGAAACAAGAAAAAGGCUUUACCCGUUAAAAUACUUAAUCGUAAGAACAAAAAAGUUAAUAUCAAUACCGCAAUAUUAAUUAUUAUUAUUAUUAUGACUUAAAUUUAUCUAUUUCGGGAAGUAUUUGUUGUUGUUUAUACUCCAAGUAGGGUAUUAUCAUCUAGCGAUAAGAAAAGGGGGAAAUUUUUAAUGUAUAAACAAUAAUAAAUAGGAGACUUUUACUACAGCCUACCUUAGAGAAAAAUGAAAUUAGUUUGCUGUGAUUAUCGAGAAAAACAUGAAAAAGAUACAAAAAAAUCUUUAAUACUAAAAAAUUAAGUGUUUUUUUAGUUGAUAGAAAAAUAACGAUAACGCACUUUUAAGAUUAAAACGUCAAAUUGACGCGGAGAUCUGUCAUCAAGAUGAAUUGGUGGCGACAUCUCUUAUCGUCGAAUUAAAACACAAAAAACACUAUUUUUCGACACGCAAGAGCUAAAACGUUUUAAAAACAAAAUUACUAAAUUACGAAAAAUUACUAAAUUAUAAAUAAUUAUUCGAUUAAAUAAAAAGAGGAUUUAAUUUGAUUUAAAAUUUGCUAUUAAAGUUAUAAGUAGCAAAAUUAAUUUAUAAAUUAAAAAAAAUAAAAAGAAAAACAUUCCACAUGACAAAAAAAAUCGCGCGUAACUCUAACUCUUAAUUACAUAACAAUUUUAAACAAUAAACGUGUAUUAUAUACUAUAUAUUUGUAACCUUUGUAACCUAAAAAGAUGUGAAAAAAAAAUAACGACUGCUUUAACGACCCUUUAGAUUUUCCCACUUAAUUUUUCUUAGGGGCUUUCUCAAAAAGCUUUCGAUGCAUUUAUUUCGUUUGUUUUAAUAUGACUUUAAAACGUUUUUAUCUGCGCUCUUUCUCCCUAAAAAAAAAUGGAUAAAAUAUGAUUACAAUCCACAACAUAACCUAUAAUAAAUGAAAAAAAUACUAAUUAUUAACUAAUCGUUCGAUUUUGGAGGUCGAACGGGAAAUUUAACGGUUUCUUUCAUUAGAUGUCAAGCCACAAUAAAUAUUAUUAUGUAUAACAAACUUGAAUGUAUAAAUAAAACGAAAAAUUAAUACCAA